AUGUUCUCCAUAUUAUCGAAAACCCCAAAUGUCCUUCGACAUGUCUGCGUCUCUUCAAACCUAUCAAAUAUCUCGUCUCCGUCUUCCUCUACUCAUAUUUAUUAUUCCACAACCUCGACAACAAAAAGACGCAAAAUGGUGAGUAUAUAUUUUUAGUUUUUAAGAUUUUUAGGUAAAAUGAAAUAUUUCAGGCAGUUUUGAGUGCUGAAGAACGUCAACAAGAUCUUCAACCAUUGUUGAAUGAAGGAUGGAGUGUUGUUGAGAAUCGAGAUGCGAUUUUUAAGAAAUUUACUUUCAAGGAUUUUAAUGAGGUAUGGAUUUUGGGGGGAAAAUGGAAACUUAUGUGAAAUUAUUCAGGCUUUCGGUUUCAUGACACGAGUUGGUUUGAAAGCCGACAAAAUGGAUCAUCAUCCAGAAUGGUUCAAUGUCUACAAUCGUGUCGAUAUUACACUUUCAACUCACGAUUGCGGCGGUUUAUCGCAAAAAGACGUGAAACUUGCAAAAUUUAUCGAAUCGGUUGCAAAAUAA